UGGAGGAAGAGGGUGCUCGCCCGGGAUGGGGAGGGCUGAAGCUGGGUGCCUGUGACUGGAAUUGAUGCUAAUGGCUGUUUGCUCCCUGGAAGGGCAGAGGUGUGGCAGAAGGUGGGGAACACUGAACCCUUCUCACCUGUGCGGGCUGGCGAAUCACAUCACAUAAACCAAGUCACCUCACUUAUCUGGGCUUUAAUUUUUUCCUCUUGCAAAAUGAGACAAAGUCAGGCACCUUGGCUCCCUGGGUGGUUCAGAGAAUGUGAAACCCUUUAUAUUUUUGUCAAAUCGUGUUGGGUAGCAAAAAUCGACCCUGGUGGCAGGAUGUGGCGGGAAAACUUAGUCAGCAGGAAGGGCAAAGGCAGGCAGCUUGGUGGGAGGUUGGAGAGGGGAACCAGGACGGGCUGCAGGGCUGGACCCCCGGAGGUCAUCCCCCCCAAGCUCAGAUCCAACCUGUAGUUGCAGAAAAAUACCUCUCCCUCCGUCCUGACUCCAGCCUGGGGGGUCAGCCCCAGUCCGGGCCUCUGCCAUGUCCAGCCAGUCUUGGCCACUCCGUAUACGUGAGCUAAGCUAGCCUGUGUCCUCUCUCUUGAGCCCCAGACUCAUACACCAGGCUGUCUCCUGGAACUGUCCCCGCAAGUGCCUGUGCUAACACUAACUUCACACGCCCUGCACUGAGCCCUUCCGUCUUCUCUCUCUGUGAGCGCUCCACCCACCUGGUCACUCGGCUCAAAACCAUGGGCACCGGGACUGUCCCCCCUCUCCCUGUGCCCGACAGUGCUGUCACUUCCCCCAGACCUGCUUGGUCUCUUCCAUCCAGCUCUUCUCAUUUAUCCUGCAGGUGUUGUCAGAGUAAUCUCUAUGAAGCACAGCUCUGACCUCAUCCUUCCUCUAUUCCAGAACCUUCAGUGGCUCCCAGCUGCCUUAGGAUAAACUUCCAACCUCUUGCCAAUCUCUAAGUCUUACUCUCCCCUGCCAGCUGUUGUCUCAAGCCAAACUGAUCUCUGCACAUCCUUGCCCUGCCUUGCUGCCUUGCCUCGACUUCCUCGUGUUUACAUGCCAGCAUCUUAUUUCUGAAUGGGUGGGGGCAGCCUUCCACCACUGAGAGCCCAGCUGUUCAGCUGCCUCGCGGGAAGAUGCCGCAUCUGCCUGGCAGCGCGGGCAUGCGUGUGGCCACCGCCCUGGGAGCCCUCUGGUUCUGCCUCACAGGCGCUGUGGAAGUCCAGGUUCCCGAAGACCCCGUGGUGGCCCUGGUGGGCACCGACGCCACCCUUCACUGCUCCUUCUCACCCGAACCCGGCUUCAGCCUGGCACAGCUCAACCUCACCUGGCAGCUGACAGACACCAAACAGCUGGUGCACAGCUUCGCCGAGGGCCGCGACCAGGGCAGCUCCUAUGCCAACCGCACCGCGCUCUUCCCGGACCUGCUGGCUCAGGGCAACGCGUCCCUGAGGCUGCAGCGCGUGCGCGUGGCUGAUGAGGGCAGCUUCACCUGCUUCGUGAGCAUCCGGGACUUUGGCAGCGCCGCGGUCAGCCUGCAGGUGGCAGCCCCCUACUCAAAGCCCAGCAUGACCUUGGAGCCAAACAAGGACCUGCGGCCCGGGGACACGGUGACCAUCACAUGCUCCAGCUACCGGGGCUACCCCGAGGCGGAAGUGUUCUGGCAAGAUGGGCAGGGCGCGCCCUUGACCGGCAACGUGACCACGUCGCAGAUGGCCAACGAGCAGGGCUUGUUCGACGUGCGCAGCGUCCUGAGGGUGGUGCUGGGCGCGAAUGGCACGUACAGCUGCCUGGUGCGCAACCCCGUGCUGAAGCAGGACGCUCACGGCUCCGUCACCAUCACGCCCCAUAGAAGCCCCACAGGCGCUGUGGAAAUCCAGGUUCCCGAAGACCCCGUGGUGGCCCUGGUGGGCACCGACGCCACCCUUCACUGCUCCUUCUCACCCGAACCCGGCUUCAGCCUGGCACAGCUCAACCUCAUCUGGCAGCUGACAGACACCAAACAGCUGGUGCACAGCUUCGCCGAGGGCCGCGACCAGGGCAGCUCCUAUGCCAACCGCACCGCGCUCUUCCCGGACCUGCUGGCUCAGGGCAACGCGUCCCUGAGGCUGCAGCGCGUGCGCGUGGCUGAUGAGGGCAGCUUCACCUGCUUCGUGAGCAUCCGGGACUUUGGCAGCGCCGCGGUCAGCCUGCAGGUGGCAGCCCCCUACUCAAAGCCCAGCAUGACCUUGGAGCCAAACAAGGACCUGCGGCCCGGGGACACGGUGACCAUCACAUGCUCCAGCUACCAGGGCUACCCCGAGGCGGAAGUGUUCUGGCAAGAUGGGCAGGGUGCGCCCUUGACCGGCAACGUGACCACGUCGCAGAUGGCCAACGAGCAGGGCUUGUUCGACGUGCGCAGCGUCCUGAGGGUGGUGCUGGGCGCGAAUGGCACGUACAGCUGCCUGGUGCGCAACCCCGUGCUGCAGCAGGACGCUCACGGCUCUGUCACCAUCACGGGGCAGCCCAUGACAUUCCCCCCGGAGGCCCUGUGGGUGACAGUGGGGCUCUCCAUCUGUCUUGUCGUUCUGCUGGUGGCCUUGGCCUUUGUGUGCUGGAGAAAGAUCAAACAGACCUGUGAGGAGGAGAAUGCAGGAGCUGAGGACCAGGAUGGGGAUGGAGAAGGAUCCAAGACAGCCCUGCGGCCUCUGAAACACUCUGAAAGCAAAGAAGAUGAUGGACCAGAAAUAGCCUGACCACAAGGACCAGGGAGCUGCCGCCCCUGCCCCGGGGCUCCCACCUCUGGCUGCACUGGGGCCUCAGUGUGAGCCCUGGGCUGGGGGCUUCCCUGCCCCCACAGAUGGCUCCCACUCUGGCGGGUCUACUCAUUCUGCAAAGGACACGAUACACAGAACCACCCCGCCACCUUAUUUCUCCGAUGAACACGACACACAAACCAUCCUGCUGCCUUAUUUCUUAUGGACACAAUACACGGACCUCCCUGCAACCUUAUUUCUCCGAUGCACAAGCAACACGGACCAUCUGGCUGCCUUUUUUCUCCGAAGCCGUGAUCCAGUCACCCCUUGCCUUGUUUCUCUGAUGGCCCUGACACACAGUUAUCACUUCUCAGCCUCUUCUCCCACCUGCCUGUGAUUCUGUCUCCUCAGACAGAGCGGCU